GUUUUUUUGCUUCAGUUCUUGCGUCCAAUUUUCGUAAACUCAGUACGUACGAUAAUUGUACUUUCGGAUUGUUGGUGUAUUUAUUUUACGAUAAUAAGUUGAUAACUUUCGGUGGCACAGUCUUUCGUAUUGUACUCACAGCAACAAAGGAAUAGUACGGCAUCAAGAUGAAUCGGAGACGCGCAUACGAAGAUGAUGGGGACUUUUACGGUGAGCGCAACAAAAAACGCCGCAGGGUAUCCGAAAACCAGGAGAUGGAAGAGCGUUUAGAAACGCUGAUCCUACGAGUCGGCGAAAACAGUUCCUCCUCGCUGGAAUCGAACCUGGAAGGGUUGGUGUCGGUGCUCGAGUCCGAUCUGGGGAACUUUCGGAGCAAAAUUCUCCGCAUCCUGUCGGAUUGUCCGAUCAAAAUGCCGGAAAAGUGUACCAUAUACUCGACCAUGGUGGGACUAAUGAACGCCAAGAACUACAACUUUGGCGGUGAGUUCGUGGAGUACAUGGUGAAAACGUUCAAGGAUAGCUUAAAGCAGUGCCAGUGGGAUGCGGCCAGGUAUGCACUCCGCUUUCUGGCCGAUCUAGUAAACUGUCACGUCAUUUCGACGAAUUCGCUGCUCCAGCUGCUGGACAGUAUGGUCGAUGCGGCCAACGAGGACAAUGUCCCACAGGUGCGCCGCGAUUGGUACGUGUUUGCGGUGCUAUCGACCCUACCGUGGGUCGGUCGGGAGCUGUACGAGAAGAAGGAAUCGGCACUGGAAAACUUGCUAGUGCGUAUCGAAGUGUUCCUGAACAAGCGCACCAAGAAGCAUCAUAACGCGCUUCGUGUUUGGUCGGUCGAUGCACCCCAUCCCCAGGAAGAGUAUCUCGACUGUCUGUGGGCUCAGAUUCGGAAGUUACGGCAGGAUAAUUGGACCGAGAAGCACAUUCCUCGACCGUAUCUGGCGUUCGAUUCGGUGCUGUGUGAGGCACUGCAACACAACAUCCCCGUGAUUCAUCCACCACCGCAUCAGGAUUCGUUUGAGUAUCCGAUGCCGUGGGUCGUGUAUCGUAUGUUCGAUUACACUGACUGUCCUCCGGGCCCGAUUCUGCCCGGAGCACAUUCAAUCGAACGUUUCCUGAUCGAGGAACAUCUGCACUCGAUCAUCGAAAUGCAUCGCUGGGAGCGUAAGGAAUGCGCCAUCCAUCUGCUGAUGCUACCGUACAAGGACAAAAUUCCGCUGGAGUACUGUAUCGUGGAAGUGAUCUUUGCGGAACUGUUUCACAUGCCUACGCCGCGCUACCUCGAGAUAUGCUACGGAUCAAUACUGAUCGAGCUGUGCAAGCAGCAGCCGUCCAAGAUGCCGCAGGUGCUGGCACAGGCCACAGAAAUUCUGUUCAUGCGUAUCGAUUCGAUGAAUACGUCGUGUUUCGAUCGGUUCGUCAACUGGUUCUCGUACCAUCUGAGCAAUUUCCAGUUCCGUUGGUCGUGGGACGAUUGGGACAGCUGUCUGCUGCUUGAAAACGAACAUCCUCGACCAAAGUUCAUACAGGAGGUGUUGCUAAAGUGCUUGAGAUUUUCGUACCACGAUCGCUUCAAAGAAAUGAUGCCGGAAGGAUAUGCGAAACUGAUUCCCAAACCACCCAUGCCUCACUACAAGUACUCGAUGGAAGGUGCUGCAUCCUUGCCGGGAACAGCAACUGCACAUAAGCUUGUGGUAGCUAUUCGUCAGAAAUGUAAUGAUGAGGAUGUCCUGAGCGAGCUGAACGAUUUGCCGAACUCUAGGGAUGCGUCAGACAUGGACAUGGCUGAGGCGCCUUUCAACCCACUGAAAAUUGACGUUUUCGUGCAAACGUUGUUGAAUCUGGGCUCUAAGAGUUUCUCCCACAGCUUUGCUGCAAUUUCAAAGUUUCAUACCGUAUUUAAGGCCCUGGCAGAAACGGAGGAAGCUCAGAUUUGCAUUCUACACAAUAUGUUCGAACUGUGGGUUGAUCAUCAGCAGAUGAUGGUCGUUAUCGUGGAUAAACUUCUCAAGGUGCAGAUCGUCGAAUGUUCCGUUGUAGCGACGUGGGUCUUUUCGAAGGAAAUGGUGGGUGAGUUCACAAAAAUGUAUUUGUGGGAAAUUUUGCAUCUCACUAUAAAGAAGAUGAACCAACACGUCACUAAGCUGAGCCGAGAAAUGAAUGAAGCAAAAGAAAAGCUAGCCCGCACAGUAGAAUCUUCAAGCAGCGAGUCGGAAGACGAAGCUUCGCCCAAUCCUCAGAAACAUCGCAAAAACACAGAAGGAUCGGGCGAAAAGCCAACCGAAGAACAGGUGGAACGAAUGGAAGAGAAGCUGGAAGCGGCUUACGUAGAUCAGAAGCGUCUGUUUUUGAUCAUAUUCCAACGAUUCAUCAUGAUACUGUCGGAACAUCUGGUCAAGUGUGACACAGACGGACGGGACUACGACACCGAUUGGUAUCGCUGGACUAUUGGUCGGUUACAGCAAGUGUUUAUGAUGCACCACGAGCAAGUGCAAAAAUACAGCAGUACAUUGGAAAGUUUGCUAUUUACGUCCGAUCUCGACCCGCACAUACUGGAUGUGUUUCACCAGUUCACCGCGCUGCGAGCAUAAGAGCCAGCACACCAUUGCCUCGAUUAUCGUGCGCGUUACUUCUUUCAGCUAGAUAUGGGAACUCGUUCACGGACCAGUGGCGCCGAUCGCUCCGAUAGUGAAAGAAAGACAUGAACACUGUUUGCAAUCGUGCAUGCAUCGGACUGUUGACUUAUAGCCAGUGCCAAUCGGGGGAUGGG